AUGGGUCUUACUUUGGAGGAUAUCUAUGGCAAAGAUCUAAGUGAAGAGCAGGCCCCUCAAGAGUAUUCGGAGUACCAGCCGAAGGAGGGCUACGGCUGGGCCAAUGCCUUGCCCAAGAAGCAGGGUCUCUAUGACCCCGAGUACGAGAAGGAUGCCUGUGGUGUCGCUCGCAACUUGCUCUGCAACAUGACCCACCGUGGAGCCGUGGGCUCGGAUGCGCGAGACGGUGACGGCGCUGGUGUAAUGACCAGUAUUCCUCACAAGUUCUUCAUCAAGAACUUCGCGCGCGAGGUUGGCGUGGAGCUGCCUCCAUUGGGUCAGUAUGCGGUCGGCAACCUUUUCUUCAAGCCCGACGAGGUUUCACUGCAAGAGUCCAAGACCACUUUCGAAGAGCUGGCAACAUCUUUGGGCCUUAGGGUUCUAGGUUGGCGUGAGGUGCCCCGCGACUCGACCAUUCUCGGCCCCGCCGCCCUGUCACGAGAGCCGAUUAUUCUGCAACCCUUUGUGGUGCUCAAGUCCGCCUACGGCGAGGGCAACAAGCCCGAGAUCACGGAUGUCAAACAAUUCGAUGAUCGAACUUUCGAGCUGCAGCUGUUUGUGCUGCGCAAGCGCGCCACGCACGUUAUCGGCCUCGGCAACUGGUUCUACCUGUGCUCGCUGAGCAACCGCAACAUCGUCUACAAGGGUCAACUCUCCCCCGUCCAGGUCUACACAUAUUAUCAUGAUCUGGUCAACGUGGACUACGAAGGUCACUUUGCGCUCGUUCACUCUCGAUUCUCCACCAACACAUUCCCUUCCUGGGACCGCGCACAGCCCUUGCGAUGGGCCGCUCACAAUGGUGAAAUCAACACCUUGCGAGGAAACAAAAAUUGGAUGCGUGCCCGUGAGGGAGUGCUCCGGUCGGAGGUCUUUGGGGAUGAGCUGGACCUGCUCUACCCCAUCGUCGAGGAUGGCGGUUCCGACUCUGCCGCUUUCGACAAUGUGCUCGAGUUGCUCAUGAUCAACGGCGUGCUCUCUCUUCCCGAGGCCGUCAUGAUCAUGAUCCCCGAGGCUUGGCAGGACAACCCUGCAAUGGACCCGUCCAAGGCGGCCUUUUACGAGUGGGCUGCCUGCCAGAUGGAGCCCUGGGAUGGACCUGCGCUGUUCACCUUCUCCGACGGCCGGUACUGUGGUGCCAACCUCGACCGUAACGGUCUUCGUCCCUGCCGUUUCUACGUCAUGGAUGAUGAUCGCAUUGUCUGUGCCUCUGAGGUCGGUGCAAUCGACAUUGACCCCGAGCGCGUCGUGCAGAAGGGCCGUCUGCAGCCUGGUAAGAUGCUGCUCGUCGACACCGUGGCCGGCCGCAUCAUCGACGACGCCGAGCUGAAGCAGACCGUCGCCAAGCGUCAGAACUUUGCCAGCUGGCUGGAUAAGGAACUCCUGAAGCUGCCCGCGAUCAACCAGACUUUGCUUGACAGCAACGUCGAUCUCUCGUUCAAACUCGACAGCGACUCCGUGCAAAAUGACCCCCGGCUGCGCGCCUUUGGCUACUCGUUCGAGCAAGUGAGUUUGCUGCUCGGUCCCAUGGGAGCCGACUCCAAGGAAGCCCUGGGCUCGAUGGGCAACGAUGCUCCUUUGGCCUGUAUCGCCCCUCAGCCGCGCUUGCUCUACGAGUAUUUCCGACAGCUGUUCGCUCAGGUUACCAACCCGCCCAUUGAUCCCAUUCGUGAAGCCGUCGUCAUGUCUUUGGAAUGCUACGUCGGCCCUCAGGGCAACUUGCUCGAAAUGGAUCCCACACAGUGCAAUCGUUUGCUUCUGAAGUCACCCAUCCUGAGCAUUCCUGAGUUCAACACCCUGAAGAACAUUAGCAAGGCUCACAGUGACUGGACUGUCCGCACCAUCGACAUCACCUUUGAGAAGAAGAAGGGCACUGCCGGUUACAUUGAUGCCUUGGAUGCCAUCUGUGAUGCGACCACCGAGGCCAUCGAGAACGGCGACAAGAUCAUCAUUCUCUCCGAUCGCGCCACCUCCGCCGACCGCGUUCCCGUUUCCGCUCUGUUGGCGACCGGACUCGUCCACCACCACCUGGUCCGCAACAAGUGGCGUUCGCUCGCGGCGUUGGUGGUUGAGACUGCCGAGGCUCGUGAGGUUCACCACCACUGUGUCUUGUUGGGCUACGGUGCCGACGCCAUCAACCCUUACCUUGCUCUCGAGUGUCUGCUCAAGAUGAACCGCGAGAAGCUGAUCCGUAAGAGUCUGCCUGAUGAGAAGGUCAUUGAAAACUACAAGGCCUCUUGCGAUGGUGGUAUUCUCAAGGUCAUGAGUAAGAUGGGUAUCUCCACUCUGCAAUCUUACAAGGGUGCUCAGAUUUUCGAGGCUCUCGGUAUCGACGACAGUGUCAUUGACCGCUGCUUCGCUGGUACUGCCAGUCGGAUUCGCGGCAUCACCUUCGAUUUAAUCGCUCAGGACGCUUUUGCUUUCCACGAGCGUGGUUUCCCAUCGCGUGAUAUCGUUGAGAUUCCUGGUCUCGCUGAGACCGGCGAGUACCACUGGCGUGAUGGCGGUGAGCCCCAUAUCAACGAUCCCGUCAGCAUUGCCAACAUUCAGGACGCUGUGCGCACGAAGAAUGACAAGUCCUACGAGGCCUAUGCCAAGGCUGAGCACGAGCAAAUCAAAAACUGCACUCUGCGUGGUAUGCUCGAAUUCGACUUUGAGCAGCGUACCCCUAUUCCCAUCGAUCAAGUUGAGCCUUGGACCGAGAUCGUGCGCCGCUUCGUCACUGGAGCCAUGUCGUACGGCUCCAUCUCUAUGGAAUCCCACUCCACCCUUGCCGUGGCUAUGAACCGCCUUGGUGGCAAGUCCAACACCGGUGAAGGUGGUGAGGAUCCCGAGCGCAGUAAGCGUAUGGAGAAUGGUGAUACCAUGCGGUCGGCCAUCAAGCAGAUCGCUUCGGGUCGUUUUGGCGUCACCUCGCACUAUCUGGCAGACGCCGACGAACUUCAAAUCAAGAUGGCCCAGGGUGCCAAGCCCGGUGAGGGUGGUGAGCUGCCUGGCCACAAGGUCGUGGGUCCCAUCGCCCGCACCAGACACUCCACCCCCGGUGUCGGUCUGAUCUCGCCGCCUCCUCACCACGACAUUUACUCCAUUGAGGAUUUGAAGCAGCUUAUCUAUGACCUCAAGUGCUCUAACCCUCGGGCUCGCGUCUCCGUCAAGCUCGUCUCCGAGGUGGGCGUUGGUAUUGUUGCUUCAGGUGUGGCCAAGGCCAAGGCCGACCACAUCUUGAUCUCAGGUCACGAUGGUGGUACCGGUGCUUCCCGUUGGACUGGUAUCAAGUACGCUGGUCUCCCAUGGGAGCUUGGUCUUGCUGAGACUCAUCAGACUCUGGUGCUCAACGAUCUCCGUGGUCGUGUUGUUGUUCAGACCGACGGUCAACUCCGCACUGGACGUGACCUGGCUAUGGCCUGUCUGCUAGGAGCCGAGGAGUUCGGCUUUGCUACGACUCCAUUGAUCGCAAUGGGUUGCAUUAUGAUGAGAAAAUGCCAUCUCAACACCUGUCCAGUCGGUAUUGCCACUCAGGACCCUGAGCUUCGCAAGAAGUUCCAGGGCUCGCCUGAGCACGUCAUCAACUUCUUCUACUAUGUCGCCAACGAGAUGCGUGCUAUUAUGGCCAAACUUGGAGUUCGAAAUGUUAACGAGAUGGUUGGUCGCGCCGAACUGCUCAAGGUCCGCGACGAUCUGCGCAACCAGAAGCAGGAGCGUGUUGACCUGUCCUUGAUUCUGACCCCUGCUCACUCUCUCCGCCCCGGUGUCGCGACCUACAACGUCCGCAAACAGGACCACAAGUUGCACACUCGUCUUGACAACAAACUCAUCUUCGAGUCUGAACUUGCUCUUGAGAAGGGUCUUCCUUGCCGCAUCGAGUGCGACGUGGUCAACACUGACCGUGGUCUUGGUGCAACUCUCUCCUACCAGAUCAGUCGCCGUUACGGAGAAGCUGGUCUGCCCCAGGACACCAUUCACGCUAACAUCAAGGGCUCUGCUGGUCAAUCCUUCGGUGCUUACCUGGCUCCGGGUGUCACUUUGGAGCUUGAGGGUGAUGCCAACGAUUAUGUCGGUAAGGGUCUGUCCGGUGGUCGUCUCAUUGUAUACCCCCCUCGCGGCGCUGCCUUCAAGGCCGAAGAGAAUGUGAUCAUUGGUAAUACCUGCUUGUACGGUGCUACCCGUGGUACUUGCUACUUCCGUGGUGUUGCCGCCGAGCGUUUCGCUGUGCGUAACUCCGGUGCUACUGCUGUCGUGGAGGGCUGCGGUGACCAUGGUGCCGAGUACAUGACCGGUGGUCGUAUUCUUAUCCUCGGACCUACUGGCCGUAACUUUGCUGCCGGUAUGUCUGGAGGUAUUGCCUACGUCCUGGACAAGGACCAGGACUUCCACUCCAAGGUCAAUAUGGAGAUGGUUGAGGUUUCGAACAUUGAUGAUCCCGCCGAGAUUGCCUUUGUGCGUGGUUUGAUUGAGGACCACCACCACUACACUGGUUCUGAGCUUGCUGCUCGCAUUCUUCUCGAUUUCACUCGCGCCCUUCCGCAUAUCCUGAAGGUCUUGCCCACUGACUACAAACGCGUCAUGGAAGAGGAGGAUGCCAAGGCUGCCGCUGCGAAGAAGGCUGAAUUCUCUCUGCCUCAGCUGCCGAGCACUCCCGUGCCCGCCGAGAAGCCGAAGGCUCAUGCAGAUGAGAAGAAAGCCGAUCUGCUUGAUAUUGAGGACAGUAUCAGCAACGAAAAGGCCGAGAAGAAGCGAUCUGCGCUGAUUCUCGACAAGACUCGCGGUUUCAUGAAGUACAGCCGCCGUAGCGAAAAGUACCGCAACCCUGCCACUCGCAUUCGCGACUGGGCAGAGCUGUCUGGCCGACUCAGCGAGGAUGAGCUGAAGUACCAGUCUGCUCGUUGCAUGGACUGCGGUGUGCCCUUCUGUCAGUCCGACACUGGUUGUCCCAUUUCCAAUAUUAUUCCCAAGUGGAACGAAUUGGUCUUCCAAAACCAAUGGCAGGAUGCUCUGAACCGCCUGCUCAUGACCAACAACUUCCCCGAGUUCACUGGUCGUGUCUGUCCUGCUCCUUGUGAGGGUGCCUGUGUCUUGGGCAUCAACGAAGACCCCGUUGGUAUCAAGUCGAUUGAGUGCGCCAUCAUCGACCGCGGUUUCGAGAUGGGUUGGAUGGUGCCACGUCCUCCUAAGACCCGCACGGGCAAGACCGUUGCAGUCAUUGGUUCUGGUCCUGCCGGUAUGGCUGCUGCUGACCAGCUCAACCGCGCGGGUCACUCCGUCACUGUCUACGAGCGUGCUGAUCGCAUUGGUGGUCUGCUCAUGUAUGGUAUUCCCAACAUGAAGCUCGACAAGAAGGUUGUCCAGCGCCGUGUGGAUCUCAUGGCUGCCGAGGGUAUUCAGUUUGUCACCAACACCGCCGUCGGUCCCGACAGCGAUGUCUCUUUGCAAUCUCUCCGCGAGUCCAAUGACGCUGUUAUCAUCGCUACCGGUGCCACCGUCGCGCGGGAUCUCAAGGUUCCUGGCCGCGAGCUGGAGGGUGUUCACUUUGCUAUGCAGUUCUUGCACAAGAACACCAAGUCUCUACUUGACUCUGGCCUGUCGGACGGCGAGUACAUCUCGGCCAAGGACAAGCACGUUGUCGUCAUUGGUGGUGGUGAUACCGGUAACGAUUGUAUUGGUACCUCUGUGCGUCACGGUGCCAAAUCAGUCACCAACUUUGAGCUGCUUCCCCAGCCUCCACCAGAGCGUGCUGGUGAUAACCCCUGGCCCCAAUGGCCUCGUAUCUACCGUGUGGACUAUGGCCAUUCAGAGGUCAAGACUCACAUGGGCAAGGACCCUCGCGAGUACUGUGUCAUGUCUACGGAGUUUGUUGACGAUGGCAGCGGCCGUGUCAAGGGCAUCAACACCGUUCGUGUGGAGUGGACCAAGAGUGCUACUGGUGGCUGGGACAUGAAGACCGUUGAAGGCAGUGAGCAAUUCUUCCCUGCCGACCUUGUUCUCUUGUCCAUGGGUUUCCUGGGUCCUGAGGACCGUCUUCUCGGUAGCGAGAUUGAGCGUGACCCUCGCAAGAACGUCAAGACCCCCCUGGCCACUACUCGACCAACAUCCCCGGCGUCUUUGCGGCUGUCUUUGAUUGUCUGGGGUAUCAACGAGGGUCGCCAGGCUGCCCGUGAAGUUGAUACUUUCCUGAGUGGCACCAGCUCCCAGCUCCCGGUCACUGGCGGUAUUGUUCGUCGCCCAGCGAUCGACUCUGUUCCUCAGCCUGUCGCCACCGAGGUGAUCGCUUGA